AGGCUCUGUUUACACAGCCGUCCGACAGCAGCCGGUUCUCCUGCUGUGCUGAAAACAAGGUGUGUGUGAGGCUGAAUGCGCUCAAAGUUAGGAGGAACCGCAGAGCCAGUGUGUGUUAGUGUGAAUGUGAAGAGAACCUGUGCUGCCCUAAAGGUUUCUACUUUGCUGAGAGGAGUGUGGCACAGACUUCAGAACAGGAGGUGAAAAGAAGAGAACAUUUUGUUCUUAGUAAAUACAACUUCUCCACCCUUGCACAUACUACUGCUUUUUCAGUAAAGAAGUGAGAGGGGGAAGAAAACAAAGGAGGAAUCAUUUUUUGAAAGUGGAAGACAGGAUGGCGUGCUCUGCCUUUACACUCUGGUAGAGAAGAAGGACUGGGAUUUGAGGAGGGAAAACUGUCCAUAAAAAGCUUGUUUGGGAUUAUACAGAAUUUUCUUCAACUGAAACCUAUAGAUUAUUGAGUAGAAUCUACGGGUAGAUAGCUACCUCCUGUCCUAGGGACAGCCCUGCUGGCCUUGUGCUAUGCUGGAGAGCCCACUUGCCCAGACACACUGCAGAGUUCCAUACCUGAGGAGGUGAUUUAGGCUGAGAGGGAGAGCUCCAACAUGGAGCUGGACCACCAGAGAGCAAAGGAGCCCUGUCUCUCCCCGGCAGCGUUUGUUAACCAGGUGCAGUACUCCAACAUCCUGGAGGGGAGGUUUAAACAGCUGCAAGAUGAGCGUGAAGCAGUGCAGAAGAAGACCUUUACUAAGUGGGUGAACUCUCACUUGGGCCGUGUGACGUGCCGCAUCGGGGACCUGUACACUGAUCUGAGAGAUGGACGCAUGCUCAUCCGCCUGCUGGAGGUGCUGUCAGGAGAACAGCUGCCGAAGCCCACUAAGGGGCGUAUGCGUAUCCACUGCCUGGAGAACGUGGACAAGGCCCUGCAGUUCCUCAAGGAGCAGAAGGUCCAUCUGGAGAACAUGGGCUCCCACGACAUCGUGGACGGGAACCACCGCCUCACCCUGGGUCUCAUCUGGACCAUCAUCCUCCGCUUCCAGAUCCAGGACAUCAGUGUGGAGACUGAGGGUAACAAGGAGAGGAAGUCAGCCAAGGAGGCUCUGCUGCUCUGGUGCCAGAUGAAGACCGCUGGGUACCCCAACGUCAACGUUCACAACUUUACCACCAGCUGGAGAGAUGGCUUGGCGUUCAACGCCAUCGUGCACAAACACAGACCGGACGUGAUUGAGUUUGACACCCUGAAGCGGUCCAACGCCCACUAUAACCUCCAGAAUGCCUUCAACACAGCAGAGAAUAAGCUAGGCCUCACCAAACUCCUCGACCCAGAAGAUGUCAACGUUGACCAGCCAGAUGAGAAGUCCAUCAUCACCUAUGUGGCCACCUACUACCACUACUUCUCCAAGAUGAAGGCCCUGGCUGUGGAGGGCAAGAGGGUUGGCAAGGUGCUGGACUAUGCCAUUGAGGCUGACCAGCUGGUAGGGAACUAUGAGAGCCUGGCUUCAGAGCUGCUGCAGUGGAUUGAGCAGACCAUCCUGACUCUGAAUGACCGGCAGCUGGCCAACUCCCUAAACGGUGUGCAGAACCAGCUGCAGGCCUUCAACACCUACCGCACUGUGGAGAAACCCCCAAAGUUCACAGAGAAAGGCAACCUGGAGGUGCUGCUGUUCACCAUUCAGAGCAAGAUGAGAGCCAACAACCAGAAGGUGUACAUUCCUAGGGAGGGAAAGCUCAUCUCUGACAUCAACAAGGCAUGGGAGCGUCUGGAAAAGGCAGAGCACGAGCGGGAGCUGGCGCUGAGGAACGAGCUGAUUCGACAGGAGAAGCUGGAGAUGCUUGCUGCUCGCUUCGACCGCAAGGCCGCCAUGAGGGAGACCUGGCUGAGCGAGAACCAGCGGCUCGUCUCUCAGGACAACUUUGGCGUUGACCUGGGAGCGGUGGAGGCCGCCACCCGUAAACACGAGGCCAUCGAGACGGACAUCGGGGCGUACGGGGAGCGGGUGGCGGCCGUGGAGGCGGUGGCCAGGGAGCUGGAGGCAGAGAACUACCAUGACGUGCGUCGCGUGUUGGCGAGGAGGGACAACGUGCUGCGGCUGUGGGAGUACCUGAAGGACCUGUUAGCCGCUCGCAGGGAGAGACUCCACGCACACCGAGACCUGCAGAGACUGCUGGAGGAGAUGAGAUACAUCAUGGACUGGAUGGGAGAUAUGAAGGGUCGUCUGCAGUCCCAGGACAGUGGGAAGCAUCUGCAUGAUGUGGAGGACCUGCUGCAGACUCACAACCUGGUGGAGGCAGACAUCUCAGCCCAGGCAGAGAGGGUCCGCGGGGUCCAGAGAGCUGCUCAGCGCUUCACCUCCGACCAACAGGUCUACAAGCCGUGUGAGCCGGCGCUGGUGGGAGAGAAGGUGUCUCUGCUGGGCCGGGCCUAUGAGGAGCUGGGCCAGCUGGCUGGGGAGCGGAGGGAGCGCCUGGAGGCCUCACGGCGCCUCUGGCAGUUCCUGUGGGAGAUUGGAGAAGAGGCGGCCUGGAUCAGAGAGCAGGAGCAGAUCCUGUCAGGAGGAGACUCUGGCCGCGACCUCACCUCCGCCCUGCACCUCCUCAGUAAGCACGAGGCCUUCAGGGACGAGAUGGCAGCCCGCUACGGUCCUCUCGGCCACAGCAUUGCCGCCGGACAAACUCUGGUGGAGGAGGGACACUUUGGAGCCCCAGAGUGCACUGAGAGGAUCAGGGACGUACGUGCUCAGUGGGCACACCUGGAGGAGACAUCCCAGCUGAGGGAAGUGCAGCUGAAGGAGGCGGUGGCCCUGCACCAGUUCCAGACUGAUGCCAAUGACAUGGAGGCCUGGAUCUUGGAGACGCUGCGCCAGGUGUCCAGUCAGGAGGUGGGCCACGACGAGUUCUCCACCCAGACCCUAGCCCGCAAGCAGAGGGAGGUGGAGGAGGAGAUCCAGAGCCACCGCACCCUCAUCGACUCCCUGCAUGAGCAGGCCCUCGGCCUGCCCCCGGUCCAUGCAAACGCCCCUCAGGUGGAGGGGCGUCUGCCUGCUAUUGAGCAGCGCUAUGAGGAGCUGGUGUCUCUGUCUGCAUCGCGGCGUCAGGCCCUGGAGGGGGCGCUGGCCCUCUACCGCAUGUACAGCGAGGCGGGCGCCUGCCAGCUGUGGGUGGGGGAGAAGGAACAGUGGCUGGACGGCAUAAUGAUCCCCACCAAACUGGAAGACCUGGAGGUGGUGCAGCAGAGGUUUGAGACCCUGGAGCCUGAGAUGAACAACCUGGGGACUCGUAUCUCUGAUGUCAACCAGGUGGCCCAGCAGCUCCUGGGAUCAGACAACCGCAGCAAAGAGCAGAUCCACCAGACACAAGACCAGCUUAACAACAGGUGGAAGGAGUUCCAGCGUCUGGCGGACCAGAGGAAACAUGCCCUGGAGUCGGCCCUCAACAUCCAGAACUACCACCUGGAGUGUAACGAGAUCCAGAGCUGGAUGAGAGAGAAGACCAAGGUGAUCGAGUCCACCGAGAGCCUGGGCAACGACCUGGCUGGUGUCAUGGCCCUGCAGCGCAAACUCACCGGCAUGGAGAGAGACCUGGAGGCCAUUCAGGGUAAGUUGGACGACCUGAGAAAUGAGGCAGAGAAGCUGGCUGAGGAGCACCCGGACCAGGCCGAGGAGAUCCAUGCCCACCUGGGGGGGAUCCAGGAGGUGUGGGAGGAGCUCAACGCCACCAUGAAGCGUCGUGAGGAGUCUCUGGGCGAGGCCAGUAAGCUGCAGGGAUUCCUCCGGGACCUGGAUGACUUCCAGUCCUGGCUGUCCCGCACACAGACCGCCGUGGCGUCUGAGGACAUCCCUACCUCGCUGCCAGAGGCUGAGCGCCUGCUCUCCCAGCACGAGAGCAUCAAGAACGAAUGGGACAACUACAAGGAGGACUAUGAGAAGAUGCGGGCGGUGGGUGAUGAGGUGACUCAGGGCCAGACGGACGCCCAGUACAUGUUCCUGGCCCAGAGGCUGCAGGCGCUGGACACCGGCUGGCAAGAUCUGCGCCGCAUGUGGGAGAACCGCCACAGCCUGCUGGCCCAAGCUUUCGACUUCCAGACCUUCUUGAGAGAUGUCAAGCAGGCUGAGGGCUUCCUCAACAGCCAGGAGUAUGUGCUGUCCCACACUGAGAUGCCCUCCAGCCUGCAGGGAGCAGAGGAGGCCAUCAAGAAGCACGAGGACUUCCUGACCACCAUGGAGGCCAGCGAGGAGAAGAUCACGGGCGUGGUGGAGGCUGGACGCCGUCUGGUCAACGACCUCAACGCCAACUCUGACAAGAUCCAGGAGAAGGCCGACUCCAUCCAGGAGAGACAUCAGAAGAAUAGGGAAGCUGCAAAUGAACUCCUCUCUAAACUGAAGGACAACCGUGAACUUCAGCACUUCCUGCAGGACGGACAGGAGCUGACUCUGUGGAUCAAUGAGAAGAUGCUGACAGCUCAGGACAUGUCGUAUGACGAGGCCAGGAACCUCCACAGCAAGUGGCAGAAACACCAGGCCUUCAUGGCUGAGCUGGCCUCCAACAAGGACUGGCUGGACAAGAUCGACAAGGAGGGCCAACUGCUGGUGACAGAGAAGCCGGAGCUGCAGCCUGUUGUCCAACAGACUCUUGAAGGCCUGCAGAGCCAGUGGGAGGAGCUAGAGAGCACUACGCGCGCCAAGGCACAGUGCCUCUUCGAUGCCAACAGGGCAGAGCUUUUCACCCAAAGCUGCUCUGCCCUGGACAUUUGGCUGAAGAACCUGUCAGGACAGCUGCAGAGUGACGACUUCGGAAAGGAUCUGACAUCCGUCAACAUCCUGCUCAAGAAGCACCAGAUGCUGGAGCACCAGAUGGAGGUGCGUGAGAAAGAGGUGCAGUCGCUGCAGUCCCAGGCACUGGCGCUGUCCCAGGACGAUGCUGGUGUGGCGGUGGUGGAGGUGGACGGCCAGCAGAGGAGAGUCACUGACAGCUUCUCCCAGCUCCAGGACCCCCUCAACCAGAGGAGGCAGCAACUGCUGGCAUCCAAGGAGGCCCACCAGUUCAACAGAGACCUGGAGGAUGAGAUUCUGUGGGUGAAGGAGAGGAUGCCCCUCGCCACCUCCACAGACCAUGGCAAGGACCUGCCCAGUGUACAGCUGCUCAUCAAGAAGAACCAGACUUUGCAGAAGGAGAUCCAGGGCCACCAGCCCCGUAUUGAUGACAUCCAGACCCACCGCAGGGGGAUGUCCCCAGGGAAGGAGGAGGUGGACGGGGAGUGGCAGUCUGCUCUGGAGCAACGUCUGGUGGAGCUCCGGGAGUCCUGGGCCCAGCUCAUCGCUGAGACAGAUGAGCGCCACGCCCGGCUAGUGGAAGCUAACCGCGCCCAGCAGUUCUACACCGACGCUGCCGAGGCCGAGGCCUGGAUGGGAGAGCAGGAGCUACACAUGAUGUCAGAGGACAAGGCCAAGGAUGAGCAGAGUGCUCUGGUGAUGGUGAAGAAGCACCAGACACUAGAACAGGCCCUGGAGGACUACGCCCAGCCCAUCCACCAGCUGGCCAACAGCAGCCGCACCAUGAUGACCAGCGAACACCCAGAGAGCGAGCGUAUCAACCUACGGCAAGCCCAGGUGGACAAGCUGUACGCAGGGCUGAAGGACCUGGCUGAGGAGCGUCGUGGGCGUCUCCAGGAGAGGCUGAGGCUGACCCAGCUGAAGAGAGAAGUGGACGACCUGGAGCAGUGGAUCGCUGAGAGGGAGGUGGUGGCUGGAUCCCAUGAGCUGGGACAGGACUACGAACAUGUCACAAUGCUGCGGGACAAGUUCCGGGAGUUUGCUCGGGACACCAGCACCAUUGGCCAGGAGCGCGUGGACGCCGUGAACGGCCAGGCCGAUGACCUCAUCGAGUCGGGUCACCCUGAGAACGCCAGCGUGGCAGAGUGGAAGGACGGGCUGAACGAGGCGUGGGCCGACCUGCUGGAGCUGAUCGACACGCGCACCCAGAUGCUGGCCGCCUCCUACGAGCUGCACCGCUUCCACCAGGACGCCCGCGAGGCCAUGGGGAGGGUCCGGGAAAAGAAGGAGGCGCUGCCCUCUGACCUGGGCCGUGACCUCAACACCGUCCAGCACCUCCACCGACAGCACAAUGCCUAUGAGCACGACAUCCAGGCCCUCAGUGGACAGGUGAACCAGGUGCAGGACGACGCAGCACGGCUGCAGAAGGCCUACGCUGGGGAGAAGGCUGAGGAGAUCCACCGGAGUGAGCACUCUGUCACUGAGGCCUGGGAGGAUCUGCUGGGGGCCGGCCAGGCUCGCCGACACCUCCUGCUGGACACCGUGGAGAAGUUCCGCUUCUUCAACAUGGUGCGUGACCUCAUGCUGUGGAUGGACGGGGUCAACCUGCAGAUCGACGCCCACGACAGCCCCAGGGACGUGUCCUCUGCAGGGCUGGUCAUAGCCAACCAUCAGGACAUCAAGUCUGAGAUCGAGACUCGGGGAGACAGCUUCACAGCCUGCAAUGAGAUGGGACACUCUCUCAUCAACAACAACCACUAUGCAGCUGAUGAGAUCCGGGAGAAACUGGACCAGCUCCAAGGCAAGAGGGACGAGAUCAACAACAAAUGGCAGGACAAGAUGGACCACCUUCAGAUCGUUCUGGAGGUGCUGCAGUUUGGCCGGGAUGCAUAUGUGGCAGAGACAUGGCUGGCAGGCCAGGAGCCCCUGGUGCGAGGGGCCGAGCUGGGCUCUAACGUGGAUGAGGUGGAGAGCCUGAUCAAACGCCACGAGGCCUUUGAGAAGCUAGCCGCCGGCUGGGAGGAGCGCUUCACCCUGCUGGAGAAACUCACUACGCUAGAGGAGCAGGAGAUCCAGAGGCAGAGAGAGGAGGAGGAGAGGGCGAGGCGACCCCCCACACCACCACCUACAGAAGAGGUGGCCCCGUCUGAGGCUGAAACACAUGAUGCCAGGACCAGCCUGGACCAGACCACACUGAACCAGUCAGUAUCAGUGAAUGGAAUCCACAGCGACCAGGACACCUCACAGGGUUCUGACUCCGACUCUGUGAAUGGUCCGGGGAGAGACAGCGGGCUGGCGUCUUCACGCCUGGACCCGUCUGCCACGCUACCCAGCAAGAGAGCUGACCCUGGCACAGAUGCCAUGGAGGGCAUGCUCUACCGCAAGCAGGAGAUGGAGUCCCACGCCAAGAAGGCAGCUAGCAGCUUCUCUCUCUCUUCCCAUAGGUCCUGGCAGAAUGUGUACUGUGUUCUGCGUAAGGGCAGCCUUGGCUUCUACAAGGACCAGAAGAGCGCCUCCAGCGGGAUCCCCUACCACGGAGAAGUCCCCAUCAGCCUGGGAGAGGCUGUGUGUGAGGUGGCGCACGACUACAAGAAGAGGAAACACGUCUUCAAGCUACGGCUAGGGGACGGUAAGGAGUUCCUGUUCCAAGCUAAAGAUGAGACGGAGAUGGCCUCGUGGAUCCACUCCAUUCAUAGCUCCAUCCCAGCAGGGGGGUCAGGAGACCACUCCCCCAGAGGCCCCAGGGCCCUGAACCGAGCCAUGACUAUGCCCCCCAUCUCCCCCAGCUCAGCAGACGCUGCCGGAGUCACCAUGCGCAACAAGGAGGGCAAGGAGAGGGACCGUGAGAAGAGGUUCAGCUUCUUUGGAAAGAAGAAAUAAAACAUUUGUAAAACAACAACAUCAAGGAAAAUUAUAUUCCUCAAAAUUCCAACAAACUGAAACAGGCAGAAAUGAAAGCACUCUUGUCGCAUAAACGCAUCGCUGUCGGCCGGGGUCCUGAGGGGUUUGUCUAAUUUCUGGCUCACACAGAGCUUGCUCUUUCUCGCUCUCUCCUCUCUAUUUUCAUUUGUCAUCUCUUUCUCUUUUAUAUCUCUCUUUCCUUCUCCAUCUCUCACAUUUGGCUUCAUCCUACCAAUGUAAGCCCUUGUCCAUAGCUUUAGUUGCAUUUUCAGCCGAUACGCAGGGUUUGUUGAUCAGAGUCACUAAUAAGAACUCUCUUUGGCCUCAUCAUCGGGGGAAACCAAGGGGUUUGUUGGGAGAGGGGAGGGCAGGGGGUGGUUAGCAUUAGAACCGAGAGGCUAAGAGGACCCUCAAAGUCAAUUCUCUUUCAUUCACCCACAUUGGAUCAUUUGUUGGUUUAAAUUAGUCCCGGCUCAACCAAUCUUUAGACAAGCAAAAUACUUACCAAUAACAGAGAAACUGUUGUAAAGAGUGCUGUCCCCAGGUCCCCUCUUCCAGUCUCUCCUUUUCUCUAUCGUGCUCCUUGGGAAGCCCCAUAUCUUUUCUUUUUUUUUUUUUUUGGUUUUGGUGUUAUUAUUAUUUAUCUUUUUGCUGUUGCAGGUUUUGAGGGGGGAUUAAAAUAAAUAAUUUAAAGUGUAUGUCAGUAGAUUUCUUGAGUCAUGUUGCAGAGCAAAACAAGAGUUUGAUCUACGGGACCAUGUUGGUCUUGUUUCUUUUGUUGAGGAAAGACCGUUAUUGAGGUGUUUUUAAAAAAUGAAGCUCAGUAACUUUUAGCAGUGUGCAGUAAGUGAUUUUCACCAGUGGGAAAUUAUAUAUAUUUAAAGUGGUUUUAUUUUAACUUGGAUCUUGCCUGUAUUUGAUUUUGUUCUUCUGAGGGAUUAUUUCUGAUUUUGAAUUUUGUUGUUUCUAUUCAAACCAGAGAGAGUUUGUUUUCUAGUAAGGGUGAGAGUGGGAGUUAUGGUGAUAUGGGUUUUGCAUGUUUUUUUUUGUUUUGUUAUUCUAAAUCCGAAGCGUCCAGUUGGAUGCUGCUUUUCUGACUUAACAUACACACACACACCAUAUAUAUAUAUAUAUAUAUAUAUAUACAUACACACACACACACACACACUCACCAUAUAUACACGCACGCUCAAAGAAGUUGUUGGGAUGGCUUUCUUUAAGGAUACUUGUUUGUUUUUUUGGUUUGAAUAUGUAGAUGACAAGGCUAAUUAAUGAAACAUUCCUCCUAGAUGAUUUUCAGACUUCACAUACUUCCUCCUGAUCCUUCUGUUGUUUUGUAAUGGGAUGGCUGGGGCAGGUUAACACUGUUGGUUACCACUGCCAUUGCCAAACACUAGUGAGGAUUGUAAGCAGAAGCACAUCAAUGUGGCAUCGGGUUGCGGAGGUUGGCUAGUAGGAAGAGGAGGGUGGAGGGUUCAUUUCAGAUGGGGUAGGGUUGGACGCUGAGGGCUGAGAUUCCUUCUAUUUGAAUAGUGCUUAAUCACAAAGGAGGCUUUAUCGAUCACAAAACAAAUCUCAGAAGAAUGUUUAAUAUGUGCCCCUUGGCAUUGACUCAGUGUAUGUAUAUGGAUUCUGUACCCAGGUUCCAUUGAGCGUAUACGGACAUGCUCACCCGCAUCAGUGGUUGAAGGAAGUGAAAUGCUAGCAUAGCUGUGUUGGAUUGGAAGAGGCGUAACCAUGGAGAGCUUUCCUUACUUGAUGGUGACCGAGAGCAUAGUCUUAAAUUGUUUUUCUGGAGGGCUUUGAGCUCCUCCAUAUGUGGCAUGACUUCAUGUAGGAUUGUACUUGUAUGUGUCUCGUUGUUGUCGCCAAUUCUCUUCUACUUUGAUGUUAUUGGUACAUGAGAUUCACCCGUAAGCGAUGUACAGCAUGGCAUGAUACCAUGAAGCCCAUGAUACCAUGAAGCACAUGAUACCAUGAAGCCCAUGAUACCAUGAAGCCCAUGAUACCAUGAAGCACAUGCUGUGGAAGGUGGUGUAUUACACCAGAAUGCCCAGGUGUAUCAUUAGUACCCCUCCCCAGCAGUUUGGAAAGAAUUCACAUUGGGCAAAAAGAAAAUUAUUAAAUUAUAUCAAAUAAUAGUAAAGUAAAGAUGACAUUGACAGCGACGUCGGGUCCUGGCACAGUGAGUGAUUUAUUUUAGUGUCUGAGAUGAGGGGAAGGUUUCUGUACAAGCAACUGCUCAAAACACAGAAAAAUCCAAAUUUCUUGUAGCCAAUGGUAUCUGUUACUCGGUGGUAGGCUUAUCUGGGGCAAGGGUGUGGCAUAGCAAAACCCAGUUAGGUUAUUGUUUGACUGAGAUGGCUCACCCUAAAGCAGAGAGGGAAAGAACCACAGUGAAUAAAUGUCAGAAAUGUGCAGCUUUUCAACAGGCAAGACUAUUGGACUAUUGCCAUUUCAGUUCAUAUGAUUCGGGGUAAAUAAGCAGCAGUAAAGCCAUACAAGAGGCUGUAGACUACUUGGUCUGCCUUGGUUUGUAUCCCAGCUGUGAGCCUAAGCUCUUGAUCUCAGCCUAAUGUACUGAGCUGACCCUCGGCUCCCUAGUCACAGUUCGAACCAAAGUCUGCGAUGCUCAAGAGUAGAGCUGAGUGAGCCUCGCUCUGUGGUAUUCACUGUGAAAAACUACUAUCGGGCAGUUGGUGCCAGAUCGGCCAUAGCACUUCUAAAAGUAGCUUGUGUUGCCCUCUACUGGCUGAACUGCUCCCACAGUGACCCAGUUCAAGUCCUAGGCAGGUUAUACACAGACAUGAGCAGGUUCCAUUCUACUAUGAAUUCUUAUUAAUGUUAAUGGCUUUUAAGAUGGGUUGGACAAAUUUGGUCAUGUGAUGGACAUACUUGGAGACACACUACCUCUCUCUUGCUUUCUCCUCUCUCUUACACUCUCACACACUCACACAUAUCCACACACAGAUAUACCAAGGUGGAAUGACCCUGGCCUUCCAGUCAAGCAGAAAGAUGUGGAGCUGAUUGUGAUUUGGUGCCAGAUUUGGGUUGAUGUUGUGCAGUCUGUGUGCUACUGGUGAGUGUUGAGCGUAAAAGGAUAGACUGUAUUAUUGAUGGUGAGAGAGAGCCUAAGAGGGUUUUGAGCAUUUUGGUUUAAAAAGUUAGUGGAACACCUAAAAAAGGUUUCUUAGUCUCUUAUUUGAAGAGAAAAAGAAACACAGUAUACAUUAACCAGAGGACUGAUGGCAAAUUUGAGCUUCCAUUUUCUAGAGUUAGACAGGAGAUGUGCUGUCACGGGGUUCUUGUAUUUUCUCAUCCAGUGGUUUGAUCUGUUUUGCAGCAUUUGAUAAACCUUUCCACCCACUGCCAUUUCCCUUUUUUUUAUAAUGUCAUUUCCUUCUUCUGUGACUUAACUAAUUGCGAGUUGUGAAUACCACUACUAUGAUUAAUUAUUAUUAUUGCUACUGUUACUACUACUCUUACUACUGCAACAUAUUUGUUACUACAACUAUAACUGCUGUCCAUUUUCAGGUACGUGUCUGUAAUACCAGACCCUUCCACAAGAUGUCAGUGUGCUGUGGAGCAUUUUCAUUACAGAUCAAAAAUAAUGUUUGUUGACUUGUGUAUCUACAUCUAAUAUUAGGAAUAAUAAAACAUGGUUUAAAGGAAAA